AUGAGUCCUGUUAAAGUGAAAGAAAGCCACAAAGGUGGCAAUAAGAAUUUACAAGUGUUCAUAUUAGCAGGACAAAGCAAUAUGGCUGGAAAUGGAGGAGUCCAUAGGCAAAUUGAAAGUGGGGUUGUCACCAAUCUAAGUUGGGAUGGUUUUGUGCCUAAAGAAUGUAAACCAAAUCCAAAAAUUUUACGAUUCAAUGCAGCUGAAAAAUGGGAAAAAGCUCAUGAGCCACUGAAUUAUGGGAUUGAUUGUUUACGCGCUUGUGGACUCGGACCUGGAAUGGCUUUUGCUAAUGAGAUACUUAAAAAAGAUCCUGAAUUUGGUGUUAUAGGUCUAGUACCUUGCGCUAAAGGAGGCACACCAUUACAUAAAUGGAGACGUGGAUCUAGUCCUUAUGAUUCUUUGAUUAGAAGAGCAAAAUUUGCUGUCAAAAAUGGAGGAAAUAUUAGGGCAUUAUUUUGGUAUCAUGGGGAGAGCGAUGGUAAAUCAAAGAAUACAUCAAGUUUGUAUAAGAAAAACUUGGAUAACUUCUUUCAAGACUUGCGUAGUGACUUACAUGCUCCUACCCUCCCCAUUUUCGAGGUUAUCAUACCAUACCCAAAGGAACCAUUCGUAGGGCCAUAUAUAGAAGAAGUGAGAGCAGCUCAAUUGGGAAUUAACAUCUCAAAUGUGAUAAAAAUAGAUGCAGAGGGACUAGAAUUGGGUUCAGAUGGCCUUCAUCUCACUACCCCUGCCCAACAUUACACGAAAUUCAGAACCCUUGUGUAUGUUGCUCCUUCUGAGACAUGUUUCUAA